CCGUAUUAAAAAACAAAAACCACUGUGAGUAGAAAAACCCUCAGUCUCUCACUGCACUCAUCCAUCUUCUUCCCCUGUCUCUACAGCAAUGGCUGUAAAAGCAACAACAUUGCGAGUAUCAAACAUACCCUUAACAGUCAUAGCUAAAGACCUUCUCAAAUUCUUCGAAGACAUACUAGGUAAAGACACAGUCUAUGCCCUAGAAAUAUUCACCGAGCAUAAAAAUUGGAAAUCAAAAGGUCAUGGUUUAGUUCAAUUCGAAACCAUUGACUCAGUCAACACUAUAAAUCAUCUCUCGGAAACUGGGAAACUUAUUUUUCAAGGUAUUAAUCUCAAGAUUUCACCUUCUUUUAAAGAGAUCAGUGUUAGACCAUCUCAAAGGUACAAUCGAGUUGGUGGUGGAGUUUUGAAUGUCGGUUUCUUGGUUCAGAAUGAUAGGUUUAAUGUUUUGGAGUCAUGGAAGAGUGUGAAAGUGGAUGUUUUGCCUGAGAAACAUAGGGUUGAGUUUUGGGUUGUUGAGAAUGGUGAGACUUAUAAAUUAGUGGUUCAAUUUGGGGAUGUUAUUUCCAGUGCUGGCUAUUGUUUGGGUGCUGAGGAAGCUAAUGCACUUCUUUUGAAGCUUAAAUUUGCUCCGAAGAUCUAUCACAAAAUAUCAAAACCCGACAAUGGUGCGAGCGUUGGAAACAUUCGGUACUCUAUAUUUAAGGAAAGUUUUGAGUUUCUAUGGGUUCGGACAACAGAAUUUUCUGCCUUGAAGUCAAUUGGGAAAUCAUUUGCGUUUGUUUGGCAACUUGAUGAGGGAACUUCCUUUUCUGAUAUUAUUAACAACUUCCCGCGUUAUGAAGGAGAGUCUAGGAUUUUCUCUCUAGAACAGGUCGAGCAAUCUUGUUCCAGUUCAGAUCUAGUUCCACUAAUAAGAUGUCCAUCGGAUUCAAAGUUACCAUAUGAGAUCCUUUUCCAGCUGAAUUCUUUGGUUCAUGCCCAAAAACUUAGCUUUCCGGCAGUGAAUUCUGAUGUGAUUGAGAUUCUAAGCAGUUUAUCCUUGGAUUCUGCGACUAGGAUUCUCAGAAAGCUGCGGCAGGUGAAGUCCACUUCCUAUGAGGUUAUAUCUUUCAUUCAGCGUCAGCUACAUGCUAGUAUGGGCCAUAAACCUUCAUCAUCAGAGAGAAAGUUGAAAAACAAUGAAUUAAUGAGUUGUCAUAGGGCCCUCAUUACCCCUACUAAAAUCUAUCUGUUGGGUCCUGAAGUAGAAUCCUGGAAUUACGUCGUCAAGCAUUUUGCGGAACAUGUAUCUGAUUUUAUGAGGGUUACCUUUGUUGAAGAAGAUUGGGGUAAACUCCAAUCUGAUGCUGUUACAACAAGUAUUGAGCAAGGUAUCUUCUCGAAACCAUAUAGAACUAGUAUAUACCAUCGCAUAUUGUCUGUUCUCAGUAAUGGGAUUGUGAUCGGAACCAAGAGGUUCGCGUUCCUAGCCUUCUCAGCAAGCCAACUUCGUUCAAGUUCAGUAUGGAUGUUUGCGUCUAAUGACAAAAUAAGUGCAAAAGACAUUAGGGAAUGGAUGGGUUGUUUUAAUAGUAUCCGAAGUGUGUCGAAAUGUGCAGCAAGAAUGGGUCAGUUGUUUAGUUCUUCUAAGCAAGCGCUUGACGUUCCGCAACAAGAUGUUGAAACGAUUCCUGACAUUGAAGCUUCCACUGAUGGAAUUAAGUAUUGUUUCUCAGAUGGGAUUGGUAAAAUUUCACUCUCUUUUGCCAAAACAGUUUCUAAGAAGUGUGAGUUGGAGCAUAUGCCGUGGGCUUUUCAAAUUCGAUACGGGGGGUAUAAGGGCGUUCUAGUCGUUGACCGUAAUUCCUUUCGGAAGCUAUCUCUGAGGGAAAGCAUGAAAAAAUUUAGUUCAAAGAAUAGAAUGCUUUGUAUCACUAGUUGCAGUCAAUGGAUGCCUUGCUAUUUAAACCGGGAGAUUGUUACUCUUCUCUCUACUUUGGGGAUAGAGGAUGAGAAAUUUAUAGCAUUGCAACAAGCCCAAAUUCAUCUUCUUGAUCAAAUCUUAACAAAUCGUGAGGUUGCUAUUAGAGGCUUGGGAGGGAUGAAUGCGGGUGAGAUUAAGCGCAUACUACUACAAAUGUUGCUUCAGGGUUAUGAACCAAGCUCAGAGCCUUACCUUUUCAUGAUGCUAAGGGAAUAUCGAGAUCAGCAGUUAUCGGAUAUCAGAAGUAGAUCCCGUAUCUUUGUUCCGAAGGGCCGACUUUUGAUCGGAUGCUUGGAUGAAACUGCCACAUUAGACUAUGGUCAAGCAUAUGUCCGUGUGACCAUGACAGCGGAAGAACUUCAAUGCGGUAGUCAGCCGUUUUUUCACAUGGUCAAGGAUAAGACAGCAAUAGUAGUGGGGAAAGUGGUUGUCACCAAGAAUCCUUGUCUUCAUCCAGGUGAUAUCAGAGUGCUCAAUGCCGUCUAUGAACCACUAUUAGAAGCGAAGGGCUUGACAGAUUGUCUAGUUUUUCCCCAAAAAGGAGAGAGGCCUCAUCCAAAUGAAUGCUCUGGUGGUGAUCUGGAUGGUGACUUGUAUUUUGUAUGCUGGGAUGAAAAUCUCAUCCCGUUGCGGAAUGAUACACCAAUGGACUACAUUGCUCGUAGACCUCGCAUAAUGGAUCAUGAUGUUACUAUUGAGGAAAUCCAAAAAUUCUUCGUCGAUUACAUGAUAAACGACACACUUGGCAUGAUCUCCACUGCACACUUGGUUCAUGCAGACCGUGAACCAGAAAAGGCCAGGAGUUCAAAAUGCCUCGAGUUAGCAACUCUUCAUUCCAUGGCCGUUGAUUUUGCCAAGACUGGAGCACCAGCAGAGAUGCCAAGAGUGUUGAGACCUAGGGAGUAUCCAGAUUUCAUGGAGAGGGAAGACAGGGCCAUGUACCCUUCUUCUGGAGUAUUAGGAAAACUCUACCGUGCAACACUUGAUCGAAAAGAGAACUCAAUGGAAUUAGUUGGUCAAGGUCAAUAUACUUAUGAUGCUGAUCUCGAAGAGAAUGGAUUUGAAAAAUACCUAGAAACUGCUGAAAGUCACAGAAACAUGUAUGCAGAGAAACUGAUUUGUUUGAUGGAUUACUAUGGAGCAGAAACUGAAGAAGAGAUGCUAACUGGUAAUCUGAGGGAUUUGUCAGCAUAUUUACAAAAAGACAAAAGGAGAUACACAGAUAUGAAAGAUCGAAUCAUAGACUCCACCAAGACUUUACAGAAAGAAGCAAAAGAAUGGUUCCACAGUAGCUGCAGGAACCAUGAACACAAGAAGAUGGCCUCAGCAUGGUAUCAUGUAACUUAUCAUCCAAAUUACUCUGCAGAUGGUAAGAAUUUUUUGAGCUUUCCAUGGAUUUUUGGUGAUAAGUUGCUUGAUAUAAAGCAAAAACGGAGGACUGCCAGAACAUAAAUUGGAUGCUAUGCAGCUGGUAGCAGAUCAGAAACUGUACAAAUUACGAGUUUGUCACCUUACAUUAUCGGUAUGGGAAGUUUAGUUGAAGACUACAGGCCACGGGGGAUUUUGUGUUGUAAAAGUUUCUUUUGAAGGUGCUUUACUCUUUUUCAAGUAUGUAAAUAUGCUUAGGAAUGUCAGCUGUGUUGCGAGUUUGUUGAACCUUUUCUGAAACAAUUAUGUUAUCCUAAAAACUCCUUUUCAGUCUUAAAA